AAGAUUUGUAAACACGUGAGUUUUGAAUUCCCCCGAGUAUUCGGAAAUUUUCGCUAACCAAAACUGCCAAUACCCCGAGAAAAAGGACUGCCUUAACAUUUAAAAACCCAAGCUUGUUUGAUAAUUAUUUAUUAAGAAGAAACAUUACACGAGAAUAAAAUGACUGAUUCAGUUUGUCGUGCAAUCGGGAUAGACCAAGUGGACCUCCGAGGGAGAAUGGUGAUGAUAGAGGAGCAGCAUGGAAGUGACGCAAACUUCCUCAUCAACACAGUGCUGUCACACGCCCUGGAGAAGGGCCAGGGCAUCUGCCUGGUGCUCUUCCACAACACCUUCGGUCAUUACCACAAUGUUGGAAUGAAACUGGGGUACAAUUUGAACGUUCUCAGAGAGAGGGGGGAAGUGACAGUCGUCGAGCCCAUGAAGACAAUAAUGCAGAACAUCGAGGAGUUGGGUCACGAUGCAGUGGACGCCUCUAAACCAGAAUUAUCGGAGAACUUUCGUAGGAUAAUGGAGGACAAUGUCAUUCCAGAUGCCAUGAAACUGGACGAGCACUUGGUUCGUCACCUCUUCGUGGCCCUCAAGGCGAAGUAUUUCGAGGCUGCCAAGGUUCGAGAGUCUGUAACAGUCAUUAUUGACGAUCUGAGUCACCUGUUUGACAUGAAUUUGAGUCUCACUGAUGUCUGGACGUACGUCAAGUACUUGAGGUCUUUGAUGCAGUUCGAGCCAAAAAUGUCGGUCUGCAUAAUGACCCACACGUACAGAACGAACACAGACUCUUGCCAGCCUGAUAUCAUUGUUAUUGGGCUCAGACGUAUGGCUCAUCUUAACAUCAUGGUGGAGCCUCUCAGUACUGGUCAUGCUAAUGACAUCUCUGGGAAGCUCACGGUCGUAUGGAGGAUGGACUCUAUCCGAAAAAAACACCACUGGCCAGAGAGAAUGACUUAUCUUUAUAAACUUAUGGAUCGUCAAAUCAAAGUAUUCACUCCGGGGGCGAAGGAGGCGUUGUCUUAAUUGUUAAUGUGUAUAUGGCUAUUUUUUCGAUUAUUUGUCUUUGUUAAUUGUCAUUAAAUGGUAAUUUUUG